AGCGGUGGCCGGUCGGGGGAUAGCGUCCCGCGGCUCCGGACCCGGGCCGGACAUGGGCGCGGUCCGGGGUUCCUUGCGAGGCGCGCUGCUGCUUCUCCUGGGCGUAGCGGGGGUCGCGGAGGGGGCAGGGGGCCUGGUCCCGGGCAGUGCGGGUGCAUUGUGCUGUAAUCAUUCAAAGGAUAACCAAAUGUGCCGUGAUGUGUGUGAACAGAUAUUCUCCUCAAAAAGUGAAUCCCGACUAAAACAUCUGUUACAGCGAGCCCCAGAUUAUUGCCCUGAGACAAUGGUUGAAAUUUGGAGUUGUAUGAAUUCAUCUUUGCCAGGUGUGUUUAAGAAGUCUGAUGGCUGGGUUGGCCUAGGCUGCUGUGAACUGGCUAUCACCUUGGAGUGUCGGCAGGCCUGCAAGCAGGCAUCUUCAAAAAAUGAUAUUUCUAAAGUUUGCAGAAAAGAAUAUGAGAAUGCUCUUUUCAGUUGCAUUAGCAGAAAUGAAAUGGGAUCAGUUUGUUGCAGUUAUGCAGGCCAUCACACAAACUGCCGAGAAUACUGUCAAGCCAUUUUUCGAACAGACUCUUCCCCUGGCCCAUCUCAGAUCAAAGCAGUGGAAAACUAUUGUGCCUCUAUUAGUCCACAAUUAAUACACUGUGUGAACAAUUACACCCAAUCUUAUCCAAUGAGGAACCCAACAGAUAGUUUAUAUUGCUGUGACAGAGCUGAAGACCAUGCUUGCCAAAAUGCCUGCAAGAGAAUUCUGAUGUCUAAGAAAACAGAAAUGGAGAUUGUGGAUGGCCUCAUCGAGGGUUGUAAGACCCAGCCCUUGCCUCAGGAUCCUCUUUGGCAGUGUUUUCUCGAAAGCUCACAAUCUGUUCACCCUGGAGUCACUCUACACCCUCCUCCCUCUACAGGCCUCGAUGGGGCUAAAUUGCAUUGUUGUUCUAAAGCAAAUACUUCAACAUGUAGGGAACUGUGCACUAAACUUUAUAGCAUGAGCUGGGGCAAUACACAGAGUUGGCAAGAGUUUGAUCGCUUUUGUGAAUAUAAUCCAGUGGAAGUGUCCAUGUUGACCUGUUUAGCAGAUGUUCGGGAACCUUGUCAGUUGGGCUGUAGAAACCUUACUUACUGUACUAAUUUUAACAACAGGCCAACAGAACUUUUCCGGAGUUGUAAUGCUCAGUCAGAUCAAGGAGCCAUGAACGACAUGAAGCUGUGGGAAAAAGGAAGCAUAAAGAUGCCAUUUAUCAACAUACCUGUUCUUGACAUUAAAAAGUGCCAGCCAGAAAUGUGGAAAGCAAUAGCUUGUUCACUGCAGAUUAAACCUUGUCAUAGUAAAUCCCGGGGAAGUGUUAUUUGCAAAUCAGAUUGUGUGGAGAUUCUUAAGAAAUGUGGGGACCAGAACAAAUUCCCUGAAGACCACACAGCUGAAAGUAUUUGUGAGCUUCUGUCACCUACAGAUGACCUGGAGAGUUGUAUACCUUUGGAUACAUACCUCAGGCCAAGUACUUUAGGUAACAUUGUGGAAGAAGUGACUCAUCCCUGUAACCCAAGUCCUUGCCCCACUAGUGAGCUCUGUGAGGUAAACCGGAGAGGGUGUCCAUCUGGAGAUCCCUGCCUGCCAUACUCUUGUGUUCAAGGUUGCAAAUUGGGAGAAGCCUCUGAUUUUAUCGUCCGUCAAGGGACACUAAUUCAGGUGCCAUCAUCUGCAGGGGAAGUUGGUUGUUAUAAAAUUUGCUCAUGUGGACAAAGUGGACUCUUAGAAAACUGCAUGGAUAUGCACUGUAUAGACCUUCAGAAGUCUUGUAUUGUUGGAGGAAAAAGAAAAAGUCAUGGAACAUCCUUUAAUAUCGACUGCAAUGUCUGUUCUUGCUUUGCUGGCAAUUUGGUGUGUUCUACCCGCCUGUGCAUCAGUGAGCACAGUUCAGAAGAUGACCAUCGCACCUUCACAGGUAACUGGUCACCCAGAAGCUGUCCUCAAUGGGCCAUCAUCCCUUUGUAUUUAUUUUGCCCUUCAAGGCGGCUUCUCCAGUCUUGCCUUAACUGCAAAU